UACUAAUCGGCCUUGCAACAUUUUAUGGGGAACAAUUCAUAAUAACGACAGAUUCGCCGUGAGAGUGCAGCCUCUAAUUAGCACAUGUACUCUGGAAGUGCUGAUGAUACACCGGUGAUUAUGAAGUAAUUAAAUAUUAAUUUGUAGAAUAACAUGACGAAUUCCAAAGACGUGGAAGCUGAGGAAGAUAUUGAUCCCGUUGAGCGAAUGCUGAAAAAAACUGGAUGUAUCGAGCUUCAUUAUGAGGUUCAGGACUGUAUAGCAGAGACUCAAGAUUGGCGUAAGUGUCAGGAUCAGGUUCAGAAGUUCAAAGUAUGCAUGGGAGAAUACCAGAAAAAACAAGCAGCAGGGCACAAAUAAAUAAUCUGCAUUAA